AUGGAGCCAGUAUCUGCUGUGGUCGGGGUCUUCUCUUUGGCGGCCGAAGUUGCCUCCAUCGCCGCCAAGCUGAAGGCAGUCAUAGCGUCCUACAGAGGGGCCCCAUCGGAGGCCGCGCGACUGAGCGAUACCCUCGCCUUUCUCGAGGGCAUCUGCCUCGCCAUCGAUCGAGAGCUGCAGAGGUCCUCGGAAAGCGCAACCCGCGCGAGCAGGGGCGAAAUGCACAGCCUAAUCCGCAGCGCCCUGGAGCCGUGCCGUGCCAAGUUGGCCGAGAUGGACAGGUCUCUCGCCGCCUUGGGAAGCGGCUCGGAUGUGAAGUCCCGUCUCAAGUUCGCCUAUGGGAAGGACGCAAUCAAGGAAAUGAACGGCGAUCUGGACCGUCUAGUGUCGAGACUGCAAUUUUCUAUAGGGGCAGAUGUCUGGAUCUGCCGACUUGACACCGUUACCAACGCUCCCGGCGUGGGCCUAUGCGACAACCAUGUCGCGCGGUAUUCGUCCACAGCAGCUCCAUUGCCGCGCUCCAGUGUCGGCGCGCCCACUUCCGCGGAACUGACGCCGGGCUCUGUGCGCCCGGUUGUCUCUCGGACAACCCAGCAGAUCCAGUGGUACCGCGGAUUCCUCGGACAGGUUGAGCAGAAGAAGACGAUGAAGCGGACCAGGUGGCCAGAGGCUUUUGACCGAGGCGUGGUUGAUGAACACACAGUGGUUUCGCUGUCAACCCCCUGGCUACCCUACCGGCUCGGUCUUGAGCUACGGAAGACGGCAUCAACAACGCUUUCCUAUGCGCUCAACAUCACGCAUAUUAUCGAUUUGGAAUCACCUCUUGGACAAAAGCUCCACAGUAUCUUCAUUGGAUUCGGUAAGAAUGAGACUGCAAAGCUGCGGCAGCUACAAUAUUCUCUUUCCAAUGGAGAGCUCUCUCUUUACUCGGUCAUUCGGCUGAGGUCGGGCCGAGAACAGACCCUACUGCAGCGGGCCAUAAACUGCAAACUACCGCUCUUCUGCGCGUUCCUCUUCGACAACGACCCGCAGGGCAGAAUGCUGCAAGAGACUGAUCCAACUAGGCUCGAAUUCUCCUGGGGAGCAACUGAUGCGCAAGACAAAGCUGCGGACAAGAUCAUUAGCAGAUACUUCACCGCGAAGCAGGACAUCCUUGUCGUGGAUGCGUUUACGUUUCUCAGCAACAUAUUUAGUGACCCGGCGUCCUUACUCUGGACCUUCCGCCACCUCUUGCCGUACUCGGGCCACGACUCAGCAGAGUUUAUAAAACUGGCAUGGUCGAUCAGCGCGAUCCGAUAUGUCACGGUUUUGGACUUUGACCCCAUCCAUCCUGACCAGUCCAGGCGUUUAGCCCUCCGAAGGAGCCUCUGGUAUCCUUUAUUUCGGAAGCUCAUCCGCAGCGGAGCCGAUGUGCAUGGUGGCAGGGCUUAUUAUCGAAUAUUAGACAGGCAGAAAUGCCCCUUCCAGGUGGUGGAUGACGUGCGGGAAUGGCUUUCCAUGCUAAUGAACUGCGGAGUGGAUAUUCCCUCAUACCUCCAAAGGGAGCGUUACGAAGUCUUCCAGACAUGGGAUAUUAAUAGGGAUUUUUACGAUCGGCACUUACUAUGUUGGAGGGGUUUGACGACGAUGGAUUUCCUUGGUUACGACGCCCCUGUGUGGAUACGGAUCACGGAUCCUUCAAGCCACGCAGCGGAAGUAUUGGGAGAGUUCAUAAAUGUGGGGGGCGACUUGUUCCAUUGGGAUAUGUCCGUCAUUGGAGGUUUGGAUGAAUGGGAUUAUGAGCGGCUGCAGAGUGAAGAGUGGCCUCUGGUUCGGAGCUUCAAAACUAUCGCGGCCUGGUGCAUGGAAGAGGCAAACACCAAUGGGUGGCCAUCCGACUAUAGGAAAGAGAUCAGGCGCAUGCUCGAUGCCCACGAACGAAGACUCGAAAUGCGGUGGGCCAAAAGAGGAAGGAAAACCAAAGGAGCUCGAGUGGCGAUGCCGGGUGCCUGGGUUGACUAA